CUCCGGAGUACCAACCCUACGAGUCGAGACUGGAUGAGCGAGCUGCACAUUGGCGGCCACUCGCCCGAUGCGACAAAUGCACCACGCUGGCAGUACUGACAUGGGAUCGCUGCUCCAGAAUCAGGAGCUCGAGCGAGAGGUCGAUGCAAACCGUCGCAAGAUCGAAUAUCUCUCCUCCGAGCUGGUGGAUGUGUCUGACACAGCUGCUUACGUGACGGCAAUGAACGACUCGAUCGAGCAUUCCCACGAGAGCCGCGAAGAAGAGAUGAAGGAGACGAUCAGCGACCUCGAGGAAAUCGUGGCAGAUCUCCGCGACCAGGUCUAUGAGUUGAAUAGCGAAAUCCGUAGUCUGCAGGUCGAAAAGGACUCGGUCAUUCAGCGAUACGAGGAUCUGCAGGCAAAGUACUACAUCGCAGCCGCCAGAACGAGAGACUUUCGUCUCAAUCAGGUGGUGGAAAAGUUCAGGACGGCGCCAGCAACUAGUCCCAGUGGCCUUGACCCUGAGCCAACCAAGAGCCAGUUGGCUGUCGGCCGGCCCAGCCAGGUCACUCUCUCGCCCGAAGCACGAAGCGAGUCGAACGAAUCACUCUCCGAAGUCGUCUUUGGCACACUCACUUGCCGAUCGCCGUCUUGCGACGAAUACGCCUCCAGCGAGAAGAGCCUGUCGAGCAUAGGCAUAUGAACUGCGAACAGGACCACAGAUGUGUGACGAAGGCCGGUGGCCUGAUCGAGACCAGAAGUGCGUCUGCAAGAAUGCAUGGGGCAUGUUCUGCAAAACUGUGUGGAUCGUGAGAUGUGUUUGCUUGCUUGGCGAGUCCGCAAAAC